CUCCUGGGAUGCCUGCCAGAGCCCCCCAGCCAGGCAGCUGAGUGGCUUCCUGCGGGCGGACGUCGGCUGGCUUGUGGCGGAAGGGCUGGCUCUGGGUCGGCUGCCGGAAGCGAGGGUGGGCUGGAAGCAGAAGGCAGCGGCCAGGGGCGUAGUGUUGCCUGCCGGGCCGGGCGGGCUCCUCUCUCCGGCCAGCCAUGGCGCGGCCCUUGAACAUGGACACGCUGCAGCAGAACUUCUGGAAGGAGGAGUACCUCAAGGAGCUCCUGCUACGCUUUGGCUGGCACCAGAAGUAUGGGGCCAUCGUCAAGGCCAAGCAGGAGAGCCAGCGCGAGCGCCGCAAGAAGGCCGUGGACAACACCCUCCGCCUGCCUUCGGUGAAGGCCCCGCUCCCCCCCGUCAAGCCCAGCCCCCCUCCCUCUCUCCAGGCCCCCGUGGGGCCGGCCCGGGAGCGCGACCUGACCGGCAUCGACGCCCUGAUUCUGGAGGCCGAGAUGAGGCCCGUGCCGCGGGAGGUGCACGGCCUCCUGUACCAGGGCAUCUCUCACGAGGACGAAGGGCGCGCCCGUUACCUGAAGACACGCCUGCUCCUGGCCCCGGAGGAGAAGUACACCUUCCCCAUCACCACCAGCUUCAACUAUGGCUGGCAGAUGGGAAAGAUGGCCAGCGCCCAUGUGGCCCCCACUGCCAAGUGUCGCAUCGAAAGCUUCUUCCGCAAGAACGGGGCCUUCUCCUUGCUCAAUCCCCGGGACGUGGCCCUUUGAGUGAGAUGCGACUGUGCUCCCUUGUCCCCAAAUAAGACCCAGCUAUUGUAGCCCCGGA